AUGUACUCGUGUGUCUCCCUAAUACUUUUCGGUCUUUUCGCACAAGAAAUCAAGGGAGAAAUUCCUUCGGAAAACACCAGUGAAGGUGCCUUCUUUGCCUACAAUACAGAGUCUUCUUAUGCAGCAUUUGAGGCAUGGCGAAUACCUGGAGAGCUAUCAUUCCUUUUCAAAACUAACAAGCCCACUGCCAUUCUCGCUUACCAAGGUGACGGCAACUACAAAUUUUUCGAUUUGUUCCUUGUCCAAGGAAAGCUCCGCGCGCGGGUAAGAUUUAACACCUGCAGACAAAGAGAACUGAUAGUUGAUGGAAACUUCUCUGAUUCUCUUUGGCAUAGAGUUCGCUUGACAAGAGGGAAUAAAGAAGUCACCCUAACUGUGGAUGGAUGUAAAACGGAAUCUUUUCCCUGCCAAUUUACCGCUUCUGAUUCACAAGACUGGAAAAUUCUCUACGUGGGUAAUAUUCCAUUGCAUACCAGUUCUCUGGCAAAUCCACAAAGCGGCUUCGAAUUAACUGAGUAAGUAGAAAAAUGGUUUCUUUAUUGCUAUCAUUCUAUAUGAGGCAGACAUCUAACACACCCUACAGACGCACAUCUAUUUCAAAUCGCAUGAAAACAUUUCUUUUUAUUCAAGAUAGCAGAAUGAAAAGAAAAAUUUUGCAAGAAAAAAAUGAGAUGAGAUGUCAAAAUGCUUAUGAAAAAUGCAUAACUUGAGAGCAUUAAAACUUUACCAAGUGGUUUACAAGGCGAAAAAAUUAUCAUUAAGUACUGAAAAAUACGUCAUAUUUAUUACGUUUAAGGUUGUAGUUCAGUUUAUAAACCUUUUAUGCCUGUUGACAACUUUGAUUUACGCAGAUUCCAGGGUUGCAUUGGUCAUGUGACUCAAACUACACCUGAACACAGUCCCAAGCCAUUAGCACUGCUUCAUAGCAAUUUGACUGGUGCCAACUGUCAGAGUCAAUGCAGUUCUGGUGGGAAAUGUGAUCCAAUUGGUGACGUUACCAUGAGAGAAUGCGAAUGUCCCGGAUACGGAAAUAGAGCAGUGACCUGCAGGCGUUACUUAGCCCUUACCAAAGCGAAUUUCAGUGAUUCAGCCAAAGUUAGCGCUUCGCCUUUAUCUCCCUCAACAUCUCUGGGCUUCUCUAGCAAAAUCACGCCCACCGUUUUAUCCAAGGGCGAGAUGAUUGUGAAAGCCACGUCUUCAUCUGAAAUAAGUUGGAGGUCAAGCAUAACCCGUUUCCAGUCAGCGACGACGCAUGCACGAGAAACUCCUAAAGUGGAAGGGCAACAUGCCGACAAAGCAGUUAUGCGUCAUUCGCACUCGGUUCCAGGUCUCUUCAACCGUUCACAACAUCUUGUCACAACUCACACGAGCUCGCUUCCGCCAACAGUACUGUUCCCCAGCUCAGCAGAAGUUCCUCUUGGCAGUUCUGUCAAUGAUAAUACCUCGGCUGUGAUGGCAAAAAAGAACAGUGCUUUACGAAGUCUCGGAUCAUGGGUCUUCGUUUACUUUGCAGUGACUAUGUCAGUUGCCAACACCCUUAUAAAUCUGUAA